AUGUCAAACUUGCUGAGAAACUUGGGAGGCUGGCUGUCCAAUUGGUAUCAGGUGACGUGGUGUCAAGACCGUGAAAGUAUCCUAUACUGCGCCAAAUCAUCGGUCUGCGAGAUCAGUGUGAAAGGGCGGGUGAAGGAGGGAAUUGACGAAGUUGGAAGCAUUUUGGGCGAGGAGAACGUGAACGUGAGCUUCAUGAGUGUCGGGAGGAUUGCUCCGAGGACGCACGCUGUUAUGGCCAUCGGAGUCGACGAGCAGCCGAGGAAAGAAUCAUUGAAGAGGAUCGGCGAGGUCCCUUCCAUUGAAGAGCUUGUUUUCCUUGAGUUGUAG